CGAUCGUUCACGAUCGUACACCUCGUGCGGUUGACUUUCACCGAUCCUCUCCUUUUGCCUUGUGAGUUUACACAUCGCUCAGUAAUAACGAAACCUCUUUUCACAGACGACGCUUCUAACGUCGAAUUCCAUUCUCGGUGGAGAUUUUUCUAAUGAUUGUAGUCUUAAUAAUUUUAUCUAACAAUCGAAUCGAUUUUUAAUAUUCCGAGUAAAAUUCAGUGGUGAAGUGAAGUUUCAGGAUAACGAUGGCCAAAAUUCUGGUGUACGUGCUGGCGAUAGCUUACAUUUGUCUUGCAUGCUUAAUCGGAGAAACUGAGUCGACUAUUGCCGAGCCCAAGGCCCCGAAUUUCCAAUAUUUCGAAAGACCUAAAUACCGAUAUCCAUAUUACGAUGAAAAUGGACGAGGAAGACUUCUUUACGGUUACGGUGGACCGGAACUUUAUCAAUACAAAACGUACAGUCCUCUGGAAGGAAUCCACUGAGCUCGAUUAGAGUCGACGUUCUUCAUUAGCAAAUAAUAAUUACCAUAAACUCAAAAAAAUUGGACAAGUCUUCGAAAAACAGUGAAAGAAAAAGUGCCUAUUAAAUAAGUCCAUAAACUAAGAAUUUAUGUUACUGCAUCGGUAUUAUUGUUGUUGGCAAACAAAUCAAAAUGAAACAAAAUCUCCACUAUCGAUCUCCCUUCAUCGUGCAGUAAGUUUGAACAAAAAAAAACGUUUCAAACGAUACGAGACGAAAGAAUACAAUUACACACUGAAACAAGGCCUAGCCAGGGGACAUUUGGAGUAAAAAAAUAGAAAAAAGUUCAAGUGAAUCAACAGCUUUGAAUGAUAAUCAAUAUCCAAGUACAGUUUCUAUGAAAUAUAAAAUAAAAGAAAUGAAAUUUUACCAUAAAAAAAGAAAUCAAACUUUUUCAAAAACCUCGGCAGUAGGCCUUUUUUUACUACAUGAAGUUUAUGGCCUUAAUAUAAAUAAUCCUACGUGUAAUAUUUUGGUUCCAUGACUGUAAAUCACUCGACAAAAGAACACCGACAAAAAAUCACACGGACAGUAUACCCCCCAUUAAAUUAUUUAAGGUCUCAAUUACAUAAUUUUGGGUUUCAAACAAACCCAAACAGAUUUUUGGUAUUUAGUCUAAUUUUUUCAAAAGAGACGAAAUGAUUGAAUGGACAGUCACCUGCUCGAGGGUGAAGUUGUACUAGCGUGUUUCCACCUUGUGGAAAUAAAGAGAGAAAAUUCCUUGUUGAGAUAUAGGAUUGUUGUUGGGCAAAGAAAACUUUAUUGUUACUGCGACGAAAGGUGCAAACAAUUGGGAUGAUCGAAAGGUCUUUCGAACGUGGAACUUUGUGUGCAAAACGUUCGAUCCUCUCGAAGAAAUUCAGUGGAAUCGAUUCGAAUUGACCUUUUUCGUCGGAUCGUUAUUUUGACAAUAAAUUUUUCAAACGAUUAA